CUAAACAGUAGCGUAUGCUAGCCUCAACGAGAAGUUGCUAACCGACUUAUGAGACUUGACAAAACCUAGUAGUGAAAAGGUAGAUAGAAGAGAGAUAAGGUUACCGCUGCCAGCGGGUCAUGCAUUUUUCUAAAAGGUAAUGAGCCGUAAAGCCUCAGGGUUUCGGCUCAGCGGCGCCCACAAACUGCAGCCACACUGGAAUGACUGGCAGCCCAGAGUUGACAGUGCAUCACCCAGCCAGGACGGAGUAAAGUCCAGAGACCUUGGUUCAACGGCAUUAUAUGACGUGUUGCCUCCCAGCUGCCCUGACGAGCCAGCAGUGUCCAGCGAUGCCUAUGCUGCUGCAGAUACACUCAAGGAAGAGGGUGGAUAUGAAGCUGGUUACAGUGUCUGUGAUACUACGUUUGGUUGGAAGUCGCUGGGGCAAGAGUUGAGGCCCAAUGACGUGACGACGGAUUCUACCCCUUUUCAGCAUGGAAACCGUGCUUUAGCUUCAAAGGAUAUGAGGAAAUCGCAGGACAGAGGGAUGGCUCACUCAGAGGAGUCUCGGCUGGCCAACCUCCUGCGCAGAGUCUCCAGGGAGGAUGAUCGCGACCGCAGGCUAGCUACUCUUAAACAGCUGAAGGAAUUCAUCAGCCACAGCGAGAGUAAAGUGACCCUGGUCAAACAGCUGGACACCAUUCUCAGCACCUUGAAUGACAUUCUGAAUGAGAGCAGUAAGCUCCUGUGGGAGCUGCGUCAGGAUGCAGCAGCCUGCCUCGGUCUCCUCUGUACAGUGCUAAGCUAUGAGGCUGAGCGCAUCUUCAAAUGGCUCUUCCUCAAGUUUACUUCAAGCACUCGUGACGAGGUGAAGUUGUUGUACUUGGUGGCAGCGCAGCGUGCACUGGAGGCUGCAGGAGAAAGGAAGGCUUUCUCUCACAUCAUGCAGUUGGUGAUGAGCAACCUUCAGUCCAUCCUAGAAAAUGUGGACACUCCAGAGCUUCUUUGUCAAAGUGUGAAGUGUAUUCUUCAGGUAGCUCGCUGCUACCCACAUGUUUUCAGCACCAACUUCAGGGACACCGUGGAUAUCUUGGUGGGCUGGCACAUAGAUCACACUCAGAGGCAGUCACUCACUCAGCAAGUGUCAGGUUGGUUACAGAGUUUGGAGCAGUUCUGGGUUGCAGACUUGACAUUCUCCACCACUCUGCUGGGACAGUUCUUGGAGGAUAUGGAGGCGUAUGCAGAGGAUCUGAGCCAUGUGGUGUCAGGUGAGGUGCCAGAUGAGGACAUCCCCCCUCCCUCGGUAUCACUGCCUAAGCUGGCAGCUCUGCUCCGGGUUUUCAGCACAGUGGUCCGCAGCAUCGGAGAACGAUUUAGCCCCAUCAGAGGACCACCCAUCACUGAGGUCUACGUAACAGAUGUUCUGAACCGGGUCCUGGCUUGUGUGACUACAGCAAAGCAGGUUCAGUUCUCUGAGACAGUUCUCACAGCAGGGAACGAGUGUGUAGGUGUGUUGUUGGCGAGUGUAGAGCCCUGUGGCCAGUUGAUGGAGGCUGUCCUGGCAUAUGGUCUGGACCAGCUGGACUGCUGCCGGGCCUGUGGUUCAGACUACAGUCUGGCAGUGCUCAGCCUUCUCACUCUGAUUGUGGACCAGAUCAAUACCAAGCUUCCUGCCACCUUUGUUGAGAAACUGUUGGCACCUGAUUCUCUGCUGCUCGAGCUGCGCUUCCACCGAGAAAAGGAGGUCAUGUCAGCUGUUCAUGGAGUGUACCAGGCGCUGCUGGGUUUGAAAAACAUUCCAACACUGGAAGCGGCAUAUAAAAUGGUAUUGGGCGAGAUGGCAUGUGCCCUGUCAAGUCUUAUGGGAACUUUAGAGCCAGCGGGAAGAGAGACGACAAAGGAAAGCGCAUGUCCCAGCAUCCAGCACCCGACUUUUGCCUCUCUAAUCCUACCUCUGGAGAAGGCCCAGUUCACCCUCAUCUUCAACCUCAGCACCCUCACCACAAUUGGAAAUACCAAGAACUCUCUUAUUGGGAUGUGGGCAUUGUCUCCAACGGUCUUCGCUCUGCUCAGUCAAAACCUGAUGCUGGUCCACUCAGAGUUAGCGGUCUACUACCCUGCUAUCCAGUACGCUGUGCUGUACACCCUGUAUUCUCACUGCACCAGGCAUGACCAUUUCAUAUCCUCCAGUCUAUCCUCAUCGUCACCCUCCCUGUUUGAUGGCGCUGUGAUCAGUACUGUGACCACAGCGACCAAAAAACAUUUCAGCACACUGCUGAGCCUUCUGGGAGGUCUACUGAUGAAGGAGCACCUUUACCCCGAGGCCAGGAAGCUGCUGCUAACCUGGGCUCAGGAAAUCGCUGUGCUAAUGAAGAAGUCAGACACCUACAGCCCUCUUUUCUCUCUUCCAUCAUUCAACAAGUUUUGCAGGGGCCUGCUUGCUAAUGCUCUAAAUGAAGACCAGGGCAUCUGCCUUCAAACCUGCAACACCUUACAGGUCCUCUCAUCAUCUCUGUCCACUGAGUUGUUGCAGAGGUGUGUGGAUGUGUGCAGAGUCCAGUUGGUCCAUUCAGCCGUCAGGGUGAGGCAGGCUUAUGGCAAGCUGCUAAGGACAGUUCCACUUGAUGUUGCUCUGAGUAACCAGAGCCACCCUGAGAUGAGGGAGAUCUCACUUGCUAUCCGUCAUCACAUGAGCCGGGCACCAAGCAGCACAUUCCACCCCCAAGACUUCAGUGAUCUCAUCAGUUUCAUCCUAUAUGGAGUCCUGCACCGUGGAGGAAAAGACCCAUGGCUGGAGCGCCUAUAUCACAGCUGUCAGCGGCUGGAGAAACGUGACGGGCGGGGUAGUGUGGACAUCAGUGGGCCUGAUGCAGUGCCCCGGGCUCUGCUGAAAACUGAAGUGGUGCUGUGGCAGUGGGCGGUAUGGGAAGCUGCACAGUUCACUGUGCUGUCAAAGCUCAGAACACCUCUUGGCAGAGCACAGGACACUUUCCAGACCAUAGAAGGUAUGAUCCGGAGUCUGGCUGCCCAUAGUCUGAAUCCAGAGCAGGAUGUUGGAGCGUGGGCUGGUGCUGGAGGUGAUGGGGACAGUCAUCACUCCAAUCAACUCCGCCUUGCUCUGCUUCUUCAGUACCUUGAAAACCUGGAGAAGCUCAUGUACAAUGCCUUUGAAGGCUGUGCUAAUGCGCUCACUGCCCCACCAAAGGGCAUCAGGACAUUCUUUUAUACCAAUCGACAGACUUGCCAAGACUGGUUAACAAGGAUUCGCUUGGCUCUGAUGCGGGUCGGGCUUCUUUCUGGACAGCCAGCUGUCACCAUUCGCCAUGGCUUUGACUUGCUUACAGAGAUUAAGAACAGCAGCACCCAGGGUCCAGAGAUGGAGAUUCCAUUAACACUGCUGGUAGAGGCUUUGUGCAAGCUCCGUUGCCCUGAAGCCAUUCAGGGUCUAGCAGCUUGGAGCCUCUCCAACACCGGCAGGAGCCUGGGCUGGGUGUCAUCAGUUGCCUUGCAGGCAGAGGGACGGUUUGAGAAAGCAGCUCUGGAGUAUCAGGACCAGCUCUCUGCAGUUACAGGCAUGGACUGCAGCAUCAAAGCUUCUGAAUGCUGUCUGCUCAAACUCUCCAGCUGCACAAACAGCCCCAAACACACCAGCAAUGGUGACAGCCGCAAGACUGUUCUGCUGAAGUCCAGUGAUUGCUCUCUAGAGGUGAUCAACUUUCUGGCAAACAAAGCAUGUCAGUGCUAUGUUGCACUCUGUGACUGGGCGUCUGUUAAGGAGUGGCAGGCCAACAUCCUCAACCUCAAACAAAACUCCACUAAUCCAGUAAGCAUUAGUCUGAGGACUGACUUCAACUACAUCCAGGCACUGAGUUGCUUUGAGGAGGGAGAACUGACCGAGUGCAGGACCCAGCUGGAUUUACUGCCAGGAGAGGACUACAGCUCACUAUCCACCAGCAAGGACAAGCUGGAUCUGAAGAGGCUGCUACCCUCAAUGAGUCCAGAUCCAACAGAGCUGCAGAGAGCCAUAGAGGUACAGCUCCUCCGCAGUGCUGUUAGUGCCAUGACCAAAGCCAAUCAGCAGCAGGAGCAAAAGACCACAACCAAUCCUGAUACGCUGGUGCGCUGCCUUAAACAGACUGGACGCAUCUGCCUGGGUCCUCUACGUCUGUCCACACUCACUCUGUCAGAUGCCUUACCCACCCUUCCCAUGCUGCAGCUGCACUGCACUGCCACCCUGGAAAACACACUCGCCUCACAGGAUGACUGUAUCAUUCCCCUGUACAGUGAGGCUUUGAGCUCUUGCAAACAACAGGAUGUUCAGCCUUUCCUUCAGGCUCUCAGAUACACAAUGUUCCAGAGGCAGCUUCUCCAGAAACUCAAAGGCUCUUCUGCUUCUGUAGAUGGACAUCUAUUGGAGCUGUGUCUUACUGCUGUUAAAUUUGCCCGGAAAAAAGGCAAUAUUGCCUUGGCAUCACGUUUGCUUAGCCAGUGCAAUGAUGGGGCACAAGAAAAAGAGGAGGAGGAGCAGGAUCAGCAGGAGGAGCUGACCCAUGCCUUUAGGUGUCUAACCCUAGAGGGUACCCUGGCAGAGAAAUGGGGCCCAGAACUGCAGAUAGAAAAAGCCAAAGUCCUGAGGGCAGCAGGCCAGUCCAUGACAGCCAUGGAAAUGCUGAGCAGAGCUGCUCUGUCCUACUGCAAUAUGGGGAAGAAUGAAGGUGCUGCCUGCCGCUCACUGCUGACACUCUGUAAAUGGCUGCUUGCAGACUGGAAGGACAUGACACCUCAGCUCAAACAGGUGGUAAAGAAAUCGGGUGUGGUGAACUCAUCCAGUGCUGCUGGAAGUAUGUCACCUCUGAGCCGAAACAUCGCUGCUCUGCUGGAGCUUCCACUGGAGGACCAGGGCAUUCCACACAUCAGUGCUGAGACUUCAGUAAAUGUGGGGGUUGGUGAGCCAGACUUUGUGUUGGGCCAGCUCUACCAGCUCUCAACCACCCUGGCUCCAGAGGUGGCUAAGUCCUGGGCCUCCUUGGCCAGCUGGGCCUACCGCUGGGGCAGGAAGGUGGUGGAUAAUGCCAGUCAAGGGGAGGGAUUGCCUCUUUUGCCUGGAGAAAAGAAGGAGAUAGAGGAACUGCUCCCAGCAACUACCAGUGAGGAAGACAAGGACACAAUCUUCAGCAUCCUGGGACAAGCCAUCUGUCGGCCAACUGGCAUACAAGAUGAGGAUAUGGCUCUACAGCAGGAGGAUGAUGAAGAUGACAUGGUGGAUGUGAUCUGGCGGCAGCUCACUGCCUCGUGCCCGUGGCUGAGUGAGGCAGGCCAAGCCAUUGCAGACGGUCUGAUCCUAGUCUGGAGGCGGGUGGUGGAUCGCAUCUUUGGCCUCUACCGUGUCUCCUGUCAGGCAUACUUCACUUUCCUCAAGCUCAACGCCGGGCAGGUCCCCAUAGAUGAAGAUCACCCUAAACUCCUCCUGGCCAAUAACAACAGCAAACAAAGCAAUGAUGAUGUUAUUGUCAUGGCAACUCUGCGCCUUCUCCGUCUGUUGGUGAAACAUGCUGGUGAAUUAAGGGAGGGACUUGAAUUGGGCUUAGCCUCCACCCCAACCGCACCUUGGAGAGGUAUUAUCCCCCAGCUCUUCUCCCGCCUUAACCAUCCAGAAGCAUACAUCCGACAGAGCAUCUGCAGUCUGCUGUGUCGAGUGGCCCAGGACUCCCCACACCUCAUCCUCUACCCCGCCAUUGUGGGUUCCCUCUCUCUGGGAGGAGAGGCCCAGGCUGCAGGAAGCAAGUUGCCAUCAGCUUUGCCCACCUUCUUGGGCAGCAUGCAGGGAGAGAGUCUGGGUGGAGAGGAGGAAGAGCAACAGGAUGGUGCAGGCCAAGGAGGAGCUACAGAAGAGCUAGCAACCUGCUCCAGUCAGGACCAAGCCAUGAUGCAGGACUGUUACAGCAAGAUUGUGGAGAAGCUGUCUUUGGCCAAUCCUGUCAUGGUGCUUCAGGUCCAGCAGCUGGUGAGUGAGCUGCGCAGGGUGACCUUAUUGUGGGAUGAACUGUGGCUCGGUGUGCUACAGCAGCAACACAUGCAUGUAAUGCGAAGGAUCCAGCAGCUGGAGGAUGAAGUCAAGAGGGUGCAGAACAACAACACACUGCGCAGGGAUGAAAAGAUUGCCAUAAUGCGUGAGAAACACUCUGCUUUGAUGCGUCCCGUGGUUUUUGCCCUGGAGCAUGUCUGCAGUAUCACAGCAGCUCCAGCAGAAACACCACAUGAGACCUGGUUCCAGCAGACCUAUGGUGAUGCAAUCACCUCUGCCCUGGAGCGGCUCAGGAACCCCCACAACCCCGCCAACCCUGCCAGCAGCUGGCUGCCCUUCAAACAGGUCAUGAUAAGUCUGCAGCAGCGUGCUCAGAAGAGAGCUAGUUAUUUGCUUCACUUGGAUGAAAUCAGCCCUCGACUGGCAUCCAUGACCACAACAGAGAUGGCCCUGCCAGGGGAGGUAUCAGCAUCAGACGCUGUCACCAUACAGAGUGUAGGGAACACUAUCACCAUCCUCCCAACCAAGACCAAGCCAAAGAAGCUUUUCUUCCUGGGCUCAGAUGGACGUAACUACCCGUACCUUUUCAAAGGUCUGGAAGAUUUGCAUUUGGAUGAACGCAUCAUGCAGUUCCUGUCAAUCGUCAACACUAUGUUCACGAAGAUUAACCAGCAGGAGCAGCCGCACUUUCAUGCCCGCCACUACUCCGUCACCCCAUUGGGAACCCGGUCGGGGUUGAUUCAGUGGGUGGAUGGAGCCACACCACUCUUUGGUCUCUAUAAGCGCUGGCAGCAGAGGGAGGCUGUGCUGCAGGCCCAGAAGGCCCAAGACUCCCUGCAGCAGUUGCCUCAGCCAGUGCCUCCAGUUCCCCGACCCAGUGAGCUCUAUUACAGCCGUAUUGGACCUGCUCUGAAGGCAGUGGGGCUCAGUCUGGAUGUGACACGACGAGACUGGCCUCUAAGUGUCAUGAAAGAAGUGCUGAAAGAAUUAAUGGAAGCUACCCCGUCCAACCUUCUGGCCAAAGAGCUGUGGUGUUCAUGUACUACACCCAGCGAGUGGUGGAGGGUCACUCAGUCCUAUGCAAGAUCCACUGCUGUAAUGUCAAUGGUGGGAUACAUUAUUGGCCUUGGUGACCGUCAUCUUGACAACGUGCUGAUUGACAUGACAACUGGAGAAGUGGUGCACAUUGACUAUAAUGUGUGUUUUGAAAAAGGAAAGAGUCUCCGGGUGCCAGAGAAGGUUCCAUUCAGGAUGACACACAAUAUCGAGACUGCCCUGGGAGUCACUGGAGUUGAAGGCAUCUUCAGGCUGUCAUGUGAACAGGUGGUUCAGAUGAUGCGUCGUGGCAGAGAGACCCUGCUGACCCUGCUGGAGGCCUUUGUUUAUGACCCCCUGGUGGACUGGACUGCUGGUGGGGAAGUGGGCUUUGCUGGUGCAGUGUAUGGAGGAGGGGGCCAGCAGGCUGAAAGCAAACAGAGCAAGAGAGAGAUGGAACGAGACAUUACACGUUCCUUGUUCUCCUCCCGAGUGGCUGAGAUUAAGGUGAACUGGUUUAAGAACCGUGAUGAGAUGUUGGCAGUGUUACCGCAAAUGGAAGAAGCAGUCGAGGAGUAUUUAGUCCUACAAGAGCUUCUCUGCCAGGGAGAAAAACUGCAGUCCAAGCUCCAGGAGGAGAUGGCCUUCCUAGAAGGAGCAGAAAACCAUCCAGACCACCUCAUCCUCACCCUGGAACAAAGGUACUCUGAACACACCCAGCUUCAGUCACGACAGAGGACUGUGCAGGACGCAAUUCAGAGUAAGCUUGCCGACUUGGACCAGUGGAUAACUCAGUAUCAGGCAGCAUUUUCCAACCUGGAGGCCACUCAGCUGGCCAGCCUGUUGCAGGACAUCAGCAGCGCCAUAGACCUGGGUCCUCCAAGUUAUGUGCCAGCCACAGCCUUCCUGCAGAACGCGGGUCAGGCCCAUCUCAUCAGCCAGUGUGAAAGCUUGGAGGCUGAGUUGAGCUCCCUGCUGCAGCAGCGUCGUGGGGCUCUUCGCGGCUGCCUGGAGCAGCUGCACAGCUAUGCCACUGUGGCUUUGCUGUACCCACGGGUUACUCUGCUGCGCCAUCGUGUUCACCAGUGGAAGGCUUGGUUGGAGGAACUUCUGAGAGAUAUGACGAUGGAACACUGCCAGCACAUCUAUAGACAAUAUGAGGUGCUGUUUGCACCCCAGCCUCCUGCGGCCUCGUGUCAGUUCCUGUCUAGUGUGGAGUUGGCUUUGCAGCACCAAGUGGCUGACACUAAUGAACGUGUAAUGCACCAAGCAGAGCGAGUAAAGGCCGAGGGCACAACCGCUGCUGCCUGUGAGGACCAGCUGCAGGAGAUUGAGCACUGCAUUGCGGUUUUCCUCAGAGAAAAUGGAGAACCAGGCUCCCUUAGCUUGGCUGGAAUUAUCACUUCUGCACUCUGCACACUCUGCAGGCGUAACCUGGUGAUGGAGAGCGCAGCAGCCAGUGCUGGAGAACAGCUGGUGGACCUGACAUCUCGGGACGGGGCAUGGUUUCUGGAAGAGCUCUGCAGUAUGCUUGGGAACGUCAGUGCACUGACAACGCUGCUACAACGCUGCCCAAUGCUUCCACAUGACUUGGAGCUUCCAUCACCCUCAGCCACCACCCAGGCUGUGUAUCUGGCCAAUGCUGUGUACACCUGCUUACAGGAACUGAACACCAACUUCCGGCAGAUCAUCUUUCCAGAGGCACUGCGUUGUAUGGUCAAAGGAGAGCCCACCCUAGAGUCCAUGUUAGCCGAGUUGGAGCAGCUGGUGGAGCAGAGCUCUGAUGGCCUUGGUCUGCAGGGUUUGGUUGAAAGCCUGCAGGCCACUACAGGGCUGGAGCACGAUGGACACAAUCACUGCCUUCACAUCACCAGAAUGCUUCGGGCUCAAUACUCUGAGCUAAUCCAGCCCCGUAACAUGGAUGGAACCAGCCAGGAGACACCAAAGAUGUCAGCAGGCCAAAUGUUGCUGGUAGCCUUUGAUGGCAUGUUCACCCAAUUAGAGACUGCCUUUGGGCAGCUCACUGAGAAGUUGAGUUCUCUAGAAGUGCCUCCAGCCUGGUGGAAGGUGGAUGUGCUGCGGGAGGCUCGGGCCGCACAGCUCCAUUUCUUUGAAAGUCUGACUCAGCGGCAGCUGAUGGAAGAAGUGUUCUUCCUCAAGAGACUGCAGACCAUCACAGAUUUUUUUAGGCUGUGUGCCUCCUUUGCUCAGACUCUGUCUGGUUCCCCAGGUGAAGAGCGCCUGCCCUCAAAUGGACCAGUGAGUUUGGGAAAGCCACUGUACCGUCAGCCCAGUGUGACAGGAUCAGGAGUGGCAGUGGUCAGUGAGGAACAGAUGACUCGUCCCAUCAAAGCGUUCACAGCAGAGUUUGUUCGGCAGAUGCUCAUGGGCCUCCCCAGCCAAGCCCUGGGUCUGGCCCUCUGCAGCACACUGUCAGCCUUUGGCCUGGAUAUCGUUUCACAGGUCGAGGCUAAAGACUUUGGCGCAGACAGCAAGGUGUCUCUGGAUGAGGUCUGUAAGAAGGCGGUGGAGCAGAGUCUGGCUUCAGGACGGAUGUCGCAGCUGCUUCUAAACAGAGCCACAGUGCUGGCGUCAUCCUAUGAUACAGCCUGGAAGAAAGUGGACCUGCUGAGGAGGCUAGACGCUAACCUAGAGGUCACCAAGGCCAGUCUGCAGAGGAGCCAGCUGCACAUGGCCAUGUUCCAGUGGCAGCAUGAAGAUGUCCUGGGACCCAGUAACCAGCCACUGAGUGUCAGCAUACCUCCUCGCACUGUCAUCCUCAGCAACAUGAAAAAGAAACUGUACAAGCUCAGCCAGGAUGAGGGGGCCAUUGUCACCAUCCAGGAGAAGCUAGCAUCACUGGAGGCUAGCAUCGAACAGCGUCUGAAGUGGGCUGGUGGAGCCAACCCAGCUCUGGCCCCUGUUCUGCAGGACUUCGAACUGACCAUCAGGGAGAGGCGGGCCAUGGUGGCCCGAGAGAACCAGCGCACCAGUCAGGUCACCUUCUUGUGCUCGACUAUCCUGAAUUUUGAAGGCCUUCGCACCCGAACCCCUGAGGCCCUCAACAUGGAUGCAACGCUGUUUGAGCUGCUGAAGCGCUGCCAGCAGACCUGCUCCUACUCUGCCCAGUUCAGCAGCACAGUGUCACAACUGGAGCUUCAACUACUGCACAGACUGAGCCCAGUGCUGGAUCUACCCAUCGGCAGUCCUGAUUGGCUGAGCUGUGCCCAGAGGCAGCUGGAGGAGGAGCUGAGUGUUGAGCGGAGGACUCGGGAGGAGCGUGAGCAGCAGAUUGAGUCAUGUGGGGAGACGCUGCAGCUCCUGGUCGACUCCAUUAAGACCAUUCUGUCCAACCACAACCGGCAGCUGGGAGAUGUUAAGCACCUGCUCAGAGCCAUGGCCAAGGAUGAGGAGGCAGCACUGGCAGAAGGUGAAGAGGUGGCGUAUGAGGGCAGCGUCCGUCACUUCCUGAUGGAGUAUAAAGCCUGGCAAGACAACAUCCAACUGGUCUUGUUCACUGUGGUCCAGGCCAGCGGGCAGCCUCGCAACCAGGAGCAGAUGGAGCUCCUGGAGGAGAUCCCUGCCACCCUGAAGGAGCUGCACUCACAGAGUCAGAGUGUCUACAAUGGCUUGGUGGGCUUUGCUUCUCCCCUGGUGACGGACAGAGACAGUGAAUGUGUCAGUCCUGUUUCUGCAGCUCAGACCAGCUUUGCAGCAGCUGUCCGAUGCUCCGUGGUAAAGACCCAGCCAGACUCCAUGUCUCAGAAUGCACGUAAGCCUCUGACACGUAACCUGGGAACCCCCACUGACACCCCACCCAGCACCAUGCUGGUCAACAACAAAGGACUGAAUCCAAGCCCCAAAAGAGCUGUACGAGACCCCAAAACAGGAAGAGCUGUCCAGGAGAGAAACUCGUAUGCUGUCAGUGUGUGGAAGAGAGUGAAAGCCAAGCUAGAGGGCAGAGACAUCGACCCCAACAGGAGGAUGAGUGUCACAGAGCAGGUGGACUUUGUCAUCAAAGAGGCCACCAACAUGGACAACCUGGCCCAGCUGUAUGAGGGCUGGACCGCCUGGGUGUGAGCACUGAUCUGCGUCAUGUCUUUGGUCCAGCAAAGGCUUGGAGAACCACCAGUCCAGCGGGUCUGGGGUGUCAGAACAGCAGCACCGGGCCACAGUGGGGGGAGGAAAUGGGAAGCGGAUGCUUACCCCGUGCUCCCAAACUCCUGGGCACCCAAACUGGGGCAGCGAUCCUCGUAGCACCGCUGCAACCACAUUCCCCCAACCAUCGGUGAUGGGGCUAACACGACGCUUAGUGGGCCACCCUCCUUUGGUGGGGAUUGACCAGGCAAAGCUCCUCUAGAUGGGGGAGGGGGGAAGGAGGGCAUAGGCCUCCUCACCCUCAACUUGGAGAACCUUCCCCCCUCACCUGCACAGCCCGCUAUCAAGUUGUACCCAUCAACAUCACUGCAUCCUGUUGAGCCAAUCAAACACCACCAGGAAGAAGCAGGAUGUGAGAGCCGUGUCCCUCUGAAGCACACGGCCAACGCACUGUGGGCGGGACUUCACACAGGGCCAGAGGCUCAGACACAUCGAGAUGGGGAUUUCCAUGGCCACAAUUUGUUCCUCUAUUUUUUUUUUUUUUUUAUUGCGUUGUGAUUCUGAUUGGCCAGUGGGUGACAUGCUUGGGUAGGAAUGAUGUGAACAAAGGUUCAACAAGAUUGGAAAAGCUACAGACACUUAAUGUGAAGCCUGAAGAGCAAGGCCAAGCAAAGAAAACGGAAGGAGAAUCGGGCGAUGAAAAUGAUCUGGAAGUGAAGUACAGUAAACACUGUGACGCUCUGAGGUGUCCAAGGAUUCCUCAUGUUGAAGCAUGUGGAGCAGCAGUUCUUUAUUUUUUGAAUGAAGCUGAAUGUCGCGUCAUGUGAAACCAUUUGGCGGUUCAUUUGUUGGCUGAUGAACGGACACGUUAAGGUGAUGUGAUUGAGACGAGGGCGAACCUCUGCCAGAUAAUUUUCCUUCGGUGUGAUCUUUAGUCUGUGUUGUGCUUCGUAACUAUAUUCAGUCUCUUCUUUAGACAGACCUGAACUGUGGCAGUAGAUUCUGGCUUUUUGACUUGCUUCACACAAUGAUGUUGCUUUCCUCACGUAUUCACUCCCCAGCCCUAAAGCUUGCAUUUUAGUAAUCUUGCCCUCUAGUUUUACAUUUUUAGUGGGAGAAAUGUUUUUUGGUGACGGUACAAAAUGUCAUUUCUUAUGCUUUUAUUGGAUUUUGUUUGACGCCAAAUAAACAUUGAUCUGAAGUGGUGAAUGUUCAUUUCAGGAUAUGAGC